AUGGGGUACAGCAGCCUGGUUCUACUGCUGCUGAGUGGGCUUACCUUGGCCCAACAAGGCACCGAAAGUGAACCCAGCUCAGCGUGUCAAUCGGUGUCCAGAUUCAAAACCAACAGGAAAUAUUUCUACCAUUACAGCACAGAGAGCAGAAAUGGUGUUGUGGGCACCGCCAACCUGAAAAAUGGUCCCAAAGUUACAUGUAAGGUGGAGAUUGAAGUCCCUCAGCUCUGCAGUUUGAUCAUGCACACCACCGAUUGUGCAAUGAGUGAGGUCUCUAUCACAGACCCUGAGCCAGUCUACUCCCCCGCACCCACGUCGGAGGCUUUCAGGGCAGCUAUGGAAAAGUCAGUACAUUCUCAGAAAUAUCUUUUAUUGUAA